UCCGGGUCGUGGCGGGGCUCGGGGCCAACAGGACUGCUGCUCAGCUGGCGAGCGGCGGUGAGCGGCAGGGGCAUGAAGGCGAGCCCGGAAAGCGGCUGCUGAGCCGGCCGGGAGGAGCGCCAGUCCCCGAGGAUUCCGAGAGUGCGGAGCUCGGGCAGGGGCCGGGAGGCGCGGGGGAGCCGAGCCAUCCCCUCAGGAACGUGUCCCAGGGCCGACCCGGCCCGUAGUGUGGCAGCAGCUUCAGGUGUGUCCGUGGACAAGUUUGAGAGGCACUGUACUGUACCAGUCUCCCUUUAACUGGAUCUUGGCAGAUGGUAGGUGAGCCCGUGAAACAAUAUGAAGAGAAGAAAAUAGCCUUUUAAGGAAACUGGCCCACAGAAAGGAUGGCCUUCUUGGACAAUCCAACUAUCAUUCUAGCUCAUAUUCGACAGUCACAUGUGACCAGUGAUGACACAGGAAUGUGUGAGAUGGUUCUCAUUGAUCAUGAUGUUGACCUAGAGAAGAUUCAUCCUCCUUCAAUGCCUGGAGACAGUGGGUCAGAAAUUCAGGGAAGCAAUGGUGAGACUCAGGGCUAUGUAUAUGCCCAGUCAGUCGAUAUUACCUCAAGUUGGGACUUUGGUAUUAGAAGACGCUCAAAUACAGCUCAAAGAUUAGAACGACUCCGAAAAGAGAGACAAAACCAGAUCAAAUGCAAAAAUAUUCAGUGGAAAGAAAGAAAUUCUAAGCAAUCAGCCCAGGAGUUAAAGUCACUAUUUGAAAAAAAGUCGCUCAAAGAGAAACCUCCACAUUCUGGAAAGCAGUCAAUAUUAUCUGUACGCCUGGAGCAGUGUCCUCUGCAGCUGAAUAACCCUUUUAACGAGUAUUCCAAAUUUGAUGGCAAGGGUCAUGUAGGCACAACAGCAACCAAGAAGAUCGAUGUCUACCUCCCCCUGCACUCAAGCCAGGACAGACUGCUGCCAAUGACCGUGGUGACAAUGGCCAGCGCCAGGGUACAGGAUCUGAUCGGGCUCAUCUGUUGGCAGUACACAAGCGAAGGACGGGAGCCGAAGCUCAAUGAUAAUGUCAGCGCCUACUGCCUGCAUAUUGCCGAGGAUGAUGGGGAGGUUGACACAGAUUUCCCCCCACUGGAUUCCAACGAGCCCAUUCAUAAGUUUGGCUUCAGUACUUUGGCCUUGGUUGAAAAGUAUUCAUCUCCUGGUCUGACAUCCAAAGAGUCGCUCUUUGUUCGAAUUUUAUCAGUAAUGCCUGUGGAUGGUAAGUGCCAGGGAUUUCCUCCACAUGCUUUAACCUUGUCACCCAGAAAUGCUGCUCAUGGAUUCUCCCUUAUUCAGGUGGACAACACAAAGGUCACCAUGAAAGAAAUCUUGCUAAAGGCAGUGAAGCGAAGAAAAGGAUCCCAGAAAAUUUCAGGCCCUCAGUACCGCCUGGAGAAGCAGAGCGAGCCCAAUGUCGCUGUGGACCUGGAGAGCACUUUGGAGAGCCAGAGCGCCUGGGAGUUCUGUCUGGUCCGCGAGAACAGUUCAAGGGCAGACGGGGUUUUUGAGGAGGAUUCGCAAAUUGACAUAGCUACAGUACAGGAUAUGCUGAGCAGCCACCAUUACAAGUCAUUCAAAGUCAGCAUGAUUCACAGACUCCGAUUCACAACUGAUGUACAGUUAGGUAUCUCUGGAGACAAAGUAGAGAUAGACCCAGUUACGAAUCAGAAAGCCAGCACUAAGUUUUGGAUUAAGCAGAAACCCAUCUCAGUCGAUUCUGACCUGCUCUGUGCCUGUGACCUUGCUGAAGAAAAAAGCCCCAGUCACGCGAUAUUUAAACUCACGUAUCUAAGCAAUCACGACUAUAAACACCUCUACUUUGAAUCUGACGCUGCUACCGUCAAUGAAAUCGUGCUCAAGGUUAACUACAUCCUGGAAUCACGAGCAAGCACUGCCCGGGCUGACUAUUUUGCUCAAAAACAAAGAAAACUGAACAGACGUACAAGCUUCAGCUUCCAGAAGGAAAAGAAAUCAGGGCAACAAUGACACCGGCCUCCAGCUUCAAUCUGUUGCCAUAGCUCAGAGCCUGCCUGCCAGGGCCAGGUGGCCCUAGAGCCCACCCUGUGUCCUGCAGUCCUCGGGAGGCCAGCCCUUGGCUCACGAGGACAGGGCUGGUGGGCUCUUGGGGAAGGGGGGCACCCCCCUAGAACAGAGCUGGGGACGUUGCCACGGGGCCGAACCCUGAGUGGUAAUGGCUUUGAUUAGCAGUGCCCGGGGCCGGACGACACCGAGAGGAGCCACAAGCUGCGCAGCCAUCUUCGCUGCCUGGCGGCCCCGCCCGGAGAUGUACACAGCCGUGCCCAGGCCCGGAGAUGUACACAGCCGUGCCCAGACGCGUCCUUGCAACUUGAUCAAAUUUCUCAAAACAAACGAAGAACAAAAAUGUACGGUUCUUUUUUUUUUUCUUCCUUUUAAUAAACUCUUUAUCAUGGUUGGUAUGAUGGACCAUUCUUUGGGGCAGAGGAUUGAUUAUGUUAUUCUCUUUAAAAUCUGUUCCCAUAUUGAACAGGCAGAUUGGAAAAGCUAUGGCUCGAUUUUUCAGAAGAAAUGUUUAGGAUUUAGUCAAUAGUUUUAACUAUGCCAUUUGUUUAAAUGAGUGCAUUGCUUUGAGGAUAGUAUCUUACUAAAGUUAGGAAGGGGACCGAGUGAUGUGUGUCCAAGGCUGCGCCAUUUUCCCCUUCAGAAGCCUCCUCUCCUCGGCUCAUCCCAGCACCUCUGAUUUCAGGAAGGCAGGACUGCGUGUAAAGCUCGGGGCUCGGAGAAGUGGGGGUCACACUGAGCUCCCAGCCAGAAGUGGUCUCUUCUGUUUCCUAAAUAACAAGUCUAAGUUUCAGCUGACAGUUGGACCCGCAUGUGGAUUUUUUCUGGACUCAGAAGAGUCUCUGCUGUGCUGUCUCAGAGGGGCCUUGGCUCCGUUUCUCCUCUCCUCACAGUGCCUGCCCCCUGGUCUGAGCAGGAAGGAAGUGCUGCUUUCACUGCAUCAGAGACUGCGGGGCGGGAGGAGCUGCUGCCAGGGGUCCAGCUCCCAGGGGGUGGGGGGCAAGGAAUCAGGUAUCUGCUGACACCACCCCUCUGGCCACACCUGAUGCCUCUGUGGUCCUCGCCAGCCUCUCCAGGGUCCCUCCCAGGGUGACGUCCUUUCGCACUGGCCCUGGCCAAGAUGGUGGACUGAGGUUUCAUUGAGGACCUGCAUUUCAAAGUUUUUUAAAUCAUUGUACAGGAAGCGACGUGGCUGAAACAGCCUCUCACAGUUGAGGGUCCAUUUGCACAGAGGCACCUAAUGAAUUCCUCUUUCAUUCUGAUCUUUGUCCAGCCAACAGAAGCACCCUUUUCUAAUGUCUUCCAUUCCUAUCCACCCCAGAAACAAAAGACAUAUUAUUUGUAGCUUGCUAUCUGUAUUUGAAUUUUUAGCAAUUUUAUAUUUAGAUAUCUUUGAAAAAUGUAAAUGACUAAUUUGGUCAUUAAAUCUUGUGACAUAUUCAAUAUUAAAAUAAAAAUCAUAAACACCU